AACAAUCUUCGCAGCGCUCAUUGAAGGCAUGGCUCAACCUUCCAAGGGACAACUGGAGACCCCUCAUUGUGUUGAGUUGCCAGAUGGACUUAAAGCAGGGGAUAAGCUGAAGAUCCAGGGCUCGGUGCCCAAGGACAGUGUCAGCUUCAUGGUGAAUUUCCUCUGCGGGAAGGAGGAGAACACAGACAAUGCUUUGUUGGUGUUGGUCAAGUUGGAAGCCCCUAGUGUGGUUGUGCUGAACAGCUUCCUGAACAAGACCCUUGGCGAGAAAGACAAGUACACCAACGUUCCUUUUGCCAGAGGGCAGGACUUUGAGCUGGAGUUUGUUGUUGAAGAAGACAUCUACAAGUUGCUGGUAGAUGGCAAGGAAUUCUGCCAGCGCAAGCACCGCAUCCCAGCCGAGAAGGUGCACUUCCUGCAGAUCGAAGGCAACGUGAAGCUCACGGCCGUGGAUGUGAAGCUGCAGAAGGAAGAGCCCGUGGUGCAGGCACGCUCCAUGAUGCUCCGCUGUGCGCCGGCCCCCAUGACCUGCUCACCAUGCAUGUCCUGGUACUGCUGCAGAUGCUGUUGCACACCUUGCCGCUGCUGCCGUUGCCCCCGCUGUUGCUGCUCGCCCUGCCGUUGCUGUUGCUGAUGAGACGGCUCAGCUGGAGCAGUGGCGCCAGCGGUGGCUCCGUGAACCCGCCUCUUGCUGCCCGUGCCGCCUCAGGAAGCAGAAUGCGUGCGGGUGCUGCGGGAGAGGCCGUGCUCGUGGGUCGUCUCCUGCUUCUUGCUUUGCUCAACACCAAACCGAAUGACGUGCAUCGCUUUGCAGUCGGCAAAGGAACAGCGCUUCUUGCUUUGCUAAACAUCACAACUGAUUAAAGUGUGUUGCUCAGCAUU